GAGUGGAUGAAUGAGUUGAAGUGAAGGAGUGAAUGGGUGAGUAAGAAAAAGGCAAAUAUGAUUGCGAGGAAAGGAAAGAAUGAUCAUAAGAGAGAGAAAGAAGAGAGAGAGAGAGAGAGAGUGAGAGAGGAAGAAAAAUGAAAUAGAAUAGAACGUAUGACUCAGUAAUAAAGGAAGCAAAAGGAGACAUAAAGAAUACCAAGAAGAGCGAAUGUGCCAUAACAAACGGAAGAGUAAGAGCAAGAGCAGCAAGAAGAGACCCUACCCCAGAGAGCUAACGUUCCCUACUGCCGCAGGUCCGAGUGCGGGCGAGUCCUCCCGACGCCGCCCUCGUCUCCUCGCGGGACCGCCUCCUACCAGGUCUCCGCACCCACGCCCCCCCUGACCUCGGGCGUGGGCGUGGGCGGAGGCGUGGGUGUCGUCCCUCGCAUAUCUCAGUCGCUGGAAGUGAAUACGUCACGUGACCAGGGCAUGGAGGACGGCGUGCCCAGGCAGAGCUCGGUGACGGAGGGCGAGACUAUAAGAAUAGUGAUCCACGACGUCGACCUGGACCACAGGAAAGCGAGCGGCCAGGAGAAGGGGCGGCGCCGCGUCAAGAUCCAGAGGGACCUAUCCGACACCGGGCAUAGAACUCGCGGUCUGGGCAUGCGCAUAGUGGGAGGCAAAGUCGGGCCGGAUGGGCGCCUCUUCGCCUACGUGGUGUGGACUGUACGAGGCGGACCCGGGGACCUCGCUGGCGUCAUGCAGGGGGAUAAGAAUGAGAAUGGGGACUCAUAA